AUGUCUUUAAAGGAAAGCCACUCGUGCAAAUUUCCUGAAAACAGCGAUGCCGAUUGGACUCAGGCCAGGGUUUCGCCGGCCAAUCUCCUGCAAGUGCCGGGGACUAGCCGGCAGUCGUCGACACCACCGUCCUCACCAACUUCAAGGAGGCAAUCACAGAUCUUCGGUGUUGCUGCCGACAACGACCUUGACUCAUCAGAUGACGCAGAUCCCGCUACAGAUCCCCCCAGCCCCCCUGUGUCCCCCAAUUCACCUGUAAAGGUAACUAUAAUUCCACCUUCAGCCUCUCCCCCACCACAGGUUAAUGACACAGAUGCAGAUGAUGAUGUUCCCCCACCCAACUCUCCUGCCGCCGGACCAUCCACCACCGGACCAACAACGACCAUCGUCUCUGGACCUUCAACAACCACCACCACCACCGGACCAUCGGCCACACCUCCUCCUGCCCCAGCAGCCCUGCAGGCAGCCCCUGGUGGUGCUCAACUGCCGCAGCCUCGACCGGCCAGGCGGCGCCAGUGGGCGCUCGUUGCUGACCCUGGUCUCAUCGUCGUUGGCAAGCGGCAGAGGCGAGCGCCGGAGCGCUACCAGGCCCCUGCAGACUCCCUGCGUAAGCGGGCCAGGAGGACCUAA